AUGGCAAACGGGUACUUCCAAUCGAAAGGUAAAACAAUGCUUGCAAAAGCAGUAGCAACUGAGGCAGGUGCAAACUUUAUCAAUGUAUCAAUGUCAAGCAUUACUUCAAAGUGGGUUGGAGAUCAAGAGAAAUACGUCAAGGCCAUUUUCUCUCUAGCUAGUAAACUAUCUCCUGCAGUUGACAGUUUGCUAGGAAUGAGGGGAGGACCAACGGAGCAUGAGGCAACGCGCAAGAUGAUAAAUGAAUUUAUGAUACAUUGGGAUGGUUUGCAUACUAAAGAGCAAGUUCUUGGAGCCACUAAUAGGCCAUUUGACCUUGAUGAUGCUGUUAUUCGAAGGUUUCCUCGCAGAUUAAUGGUGAGCCUUCCUGACAAGUCAAAUAGAGAAAAGAUUUUGAAAGUAAUACUAUCCAAAGAAACUUUAGAACCAGAUGUGGAUCUUGAAUCAAUUGCCAAAAUGGCUGAUGGAUAUUCAGAAAGUGACUUGAAGAAUCUCUGUGUAACUGUGACACAUCGUCCCAUUCGUGAAAUUAUUGAGAAGGAAAAGAAGGAGAAGAGUCUGUCAAUAGCUGAAGGUUGGCCUGAGCCUCCGUUGUAUGGAAGGGAGGACAUUCGCCCACUUGGAAUGGAUGACUUGAAAUUUGCGCUUGGACAGGUGAAGGAAUAA